UCAUUCAGGAUGACCAGCGACAGAAGGUUCGUCUGAACACCUUCGGCUUCUUCACUAACGGUUACAUGACGGUGAAUGUCUCCGGCCUCUCCAUAAAGGGGUACAGCAACCUCCCAGAAGUGGGCAACUGGCUGUUUGGCUUCAGCUUGGACCGGACCAAAAAUGAUGGAUUCUCCACGUAUCUGGACCGAGAACUCCAUGACUGUAUCCUGAAGAACAUGGACAGUCGCCCCAAGGAUGCCGCCCUCCUGCAACUCAACUUCUCAGCUAGCAGGGUUUGUCUGAGCACCGCUGAUGACAACCUCCUACCUCACAUCGUCUUCACCACUCCUAAGGAGGGCGACAAAGCAUCUGACACCCCGAGUUCUCAGAAUAAACCAGAGAACAGCAAGCAGUCAGCAGCAAAGAGAAGGCGCCGAGACGCAGAUAAUCCAGGGAUGAAAGGUCCCACGACAAAAACUAAGGUGGACAAGAAGGCGGCAGAAACCAAGGUGGACCCUAAGGCGGCAGAAACCAAGGUGGACCCUAAGGCGGCAGAAACCAAGGUGGACCCUAAGGCGGCAGAAACCAAGGUGGACCCUAAGGCGGCAGAAACCAAGGUGGACCCUAAGGCGGCAGAAACCAAGGUGGACCCUAAGGCGGCAGAAACCAAGGUGGACCCUAAGGCGGCAGAAACCAAGGUGGACCCUAAGGCGGCAGAAACCAAGGUGGACCCUAAGGCGGCAGAAACCAAGGUGGACCCUAAGGCGGCAGAAACCAAGGUGGACCCUAAGGCGGCAGAAACCAAGGUGGACCCUAAGGCGGCAGAAACCAAGGUGGACCCUAAGGCGGCAGAAACCAAGUGUUUUCCCAUGCGGGUGCAGGACGGGGUGGCCUCGUUUCAGUUCUCGUUUAAUGUGACUAAGCCGGAGAUGGAGGGACAGUACAGCCUGUACUUCCACAGCUGCAUCAGUGGGAACCGGCAGCAGAACCCCUUCAGCCUGGAGAUCCACAUCACAGAGAGAAAUCCUGACAGCUUCCUGUCUGCAGACGAGAUCCCGCUGCCUAAGCUCUACAUCUCUAUGGCUCUGUUCUUCUUCAUUGCCGGGCUCAUCUGGGUUCACAUCCUCCGGAAGCGCAGUAGUGACGUCUUCAAGAUCCACUGGUUGAUGGCUGCGCUGCCCUUCACCAAAUCCCUCUCUUUGGUGUUCCACACGAUCGAUUAUCACUACAUUGCGACUCAGGGUUAUCCGAUCGAGGGCUGGGCCGUGGUGUAUUACAUCACUCAUCUGUUGAAAGGUGCGCUGCUGUUCAUUACCAUCGCUCUCAUCGGAACGGGCUGGGCCUUUGUCAAGCACAUCCUCUCGGAUAAGGAUAAGAAGAUCUUCAUGAUUGUGAUCCCGCUGCAGGUUCUGGCCAACGUGGCUUACAUCAUCAUCGAGUCCACAGAGGAAGGCAGGACCGAUUCCAGCCUGUGGAAGGAGAUCCUGUUCCUCGUCGACCUCCUGUGCUGUGGCGCCAUCUUGUUUCCGGUUAUAUGGUCCAUCCGUCAUCUCCAGGAAGCGUCUGCAACAGAUGGGAAAGCUGCUAUCAACUUGGCGAAACUGAAGCUUUUCAGACACUACUAUGUAAUGGUCGUCUGCUUCAUAUACUUCACCCGGAUCAUUGCCUUAGUCAUCAAGUUAGCAGUCCCAUUCCAGUGGAAGUGGAUGUACCAGCUUCUCAAUGAAUUGGCCACCUUCGUCUUCUUCGUGUUGACCGGGUACAAAUUCCGGCCGGCGUGUGACAACCCAUACCUGCAGCUUCCCCAGGACGAGGACAUGGACGACCUGGAAAUGGAGGCCGUAGUGACGACCACAGGAUCCACAGAGGGCAUCAAGAAAGUGAAAAAAGUCCUGAAUGGGUCGUCGGAGGGGCGCUCCGAAUGGGAGAACUCCGCCUGAAAGGACAAAUGACCUGGAUUUUAAUUUAUUAUUUACUCCUAUUCUUCAUGCAAGGACGCGUUUCACUGAAAAACGGUGCAGACGGACCGAACACAGUCCCUCAACCUGCACCCCAAAAAUCAGCCUCUACUGGAUGCCAGCGCAGCCCCUAUGUUUGGAGACCCCCCCCCCCCCCAGCCCUGGUGCUUGUAAGAGGAGCUUUAAAAAAAUAUUAAUCUGAUGAGUUUUGUACCUCGGGGGCCGACAAGCGGCAAUACACGCAGGCGGCUGCUGAGGAUGCUGCUUGUGGUUUGCAGGGCCCGCUGGGAAUCCUCCCGCGUCGAGCGCCUGUACAUACACCGAUUUUCAUUUUGUAGCAGAUCUAUACGGUCUCUAGAACGUCCUGCUCCAUAUCCCGGAGGUGGACGUGCCGCGCUGCGCACAUUGUGCUUCCAGGGCCUUGCUCGCUCUUUCAUUACUGUGUGAGCUCCGCGUAGUCGCAGGAAGACUCUGCUUCCCUAAGCUUAGCUGCUGCCAUGUUAAUGCAGCACUGUGGCCCUGAGACUGCAGGGGCCAUCAUGUUAAUGCAGCACUGUGACCCUGAGACUGCAGGG